AUGCGGUUCCUUGUUUCUGAGCGUUGCGGUGGUCAACUAGGUCUUUGCAGCCGUCAGAAAUUUGCGCCCUCGGCGCCUAGGCUUGUGCGGCGUCUUCCAGUUGUUCCACUUGCUCUUUACCACAAUCCAGGCCCAAGGGAACCGGGCCGAGCAAAGGCGGCCCAACAGUCGCUACAACGGGUGCUUGAGCUUGUCCAGCGCGGGGAACGCGACGCUCUGGUGGACUAUUUUGCUACAUCCAACCUUACCGACACACCAUCUCUGAAAUUAGCGAGCGGAGGAGAGGUGAUGGUGUUUGAGGACGUCAUGGAGGGCAUGCUGCUGCGCUCCCCGAGCCAGCACUUCCUCGACAGCUACGCCAUCAGGCAUCUCAUCCUCUCUUCGCCUGCCUCAACUCAGCUCCUGUCGGGCCUUAUGCUGGGUCCCAACAAGUACAUCCAACGAAUGGCAGUCACCUCUCAAAUGGGCGAGAGCUGCAUCCUGACCUUCACGAUGACCGCCGACACAACCGCCAAACAACCCACAUCGCCCGGAGGCAACCGCUCAACGGACAAGACAACCGCCGCAACCCCCACAGCGGGUGACCCAGGAGCGGUGGUUUCGGAGCCGCCGGUCUGGCGGCUCAGGAGCGUCCGUGGUGAGCCGCAGUACGGCAUCGGUGUCGUACAGCCUACGGCUCCCAGUCCUGAGCUGUCCCCUGAGCAGAUUGUGGAGGCGCACUUGGCGGCAUUGCAGCGCAAGGAUGUUCCCGCCGCCUUUCAGUUCCUCAGUGCGGGCAGCCGGAAGAUCAUCGGGGAUGUGCACAAGUUCGCGGAGAACGUGGCGAAACACAGGCGGUACGGCGGACUGCUGGGCCAUAUCGUGGCCACCAGUGUACGGCGCUGCAUGGCCCGACCCACCACCUUUUUGGAGAUCGUGUCGGUGACCUCAGCAAGCGGAACCCGGUUUGUGUUUUGUUACAUCCUAAGCCAGGAGACGUCUGGUUCCGGAGCGGGGUGUUGGUCCAUCGACUUUAUCAAGGUGGUGGAUGACCCCCGGCUGGUGGAGGCGGUGGAGAGCAGCUGCGCGGCCCAGAGGCGGGCG